AAAAGUCUUAAAGCUCAUUGUCUAUUGUGCCUUUUAGACAACUCAUUGUCUAGGGCCAAUUUUUUCACUAUUCACACCAAAACCAAUCUUGAAAACACAAAAAACCCUAGAAACUUACUUUCUUAUAUACUAAAUCAUCUUCAUAUUCAAUCAUUUUUCACUCCCAAAUAGCUAGCUCAUACCAAUUAAUUCAUUCAAGAUACCUUAAACCACAAGUUAAUUAAUUUAAUGGUGGAUCCAAGGCAAGGAAAGAGGCCUUUUAUGGCAUCCAAUGAAUAUGAUUAUAGCCAAGGUGAUGGUGUUCAUGGUGUAGAUGAUGGUAGUUUAGUUAACUUUCCGGUGUACUCGGCUCGAUCUCAACAUGAUAUGUCGGUCAUGGUUCAUGCCCUUGCUCAAGUUAUAGGGAAUUCAAGCCCUAGUAAUACAAGUGCACAUCUUGACAAUCCAUCACCUAACCCCACUCAUGUACUUCAUGCGAACCAACCUCAAACUAUAGCCUUUCAACGUCUUGAAGUUCCACAAGGUGAUGUAAGAAAAAGACACUAUAGAGGAGUAAGACAAAGGCCAUGGGGAAAAUGGGCAGCUGAAAUACGUGAUCCUAAAAAAGCAGCUCGAGUUUGGCUUGGAACUUUUGAAACAGCUGAAGCUGCUGCUCUUGCUUAUGAUGAAGCUGCCCUUAAAUUUAAAGGAAACAAAGCCAAAUUAAAUUUUCCUGAAAGACUCGUUCAACCCAACUUAAAUGACUCUAGUGUUUACAUGAUACAACCACAACAACAUCAAAUUCUAAUACCACCCCAAUUGCCUAAUAAUAAUAAUCAAACUCCUCUUAAUUACAAUUUUAUGUUCCCUAAUUAUGAUGCGCAAACCCUAUCUUAUUCACAACAUAAUCCAAACUACUUAUAUAAUAAUAAUAAUAAUAAUAAUAAUAAUAAUAAUAAUAAUAAUAAUAAUAAUCAAAAUUAUGAAGCUAAUAAUAACAAUAAUUUAUCUCAAUCUUCUUCUUAUGGUAGUGACGAUCAUAGUUUUGGUUCUUCUGAAGAACAACACCUACAAAUGUUUUUUCCAAGUUCUUCAUUUUACGUACCCAAGAGCAGUUGAUCAUCAUUAUGAUCAACUCAAUAUCCCGCUUAAAAAUAGGGUUCUGGAAAGAGAAGGUAACGGACAUCCAUAUCCCGUACCCCUAAAAAAGAGAGGACUAGGAGAAUGUGGUCAAUUUUAUCGAAACAAGAGCAGCUGAUCAACCCUAGCUAUACUAAAUAUAAUAUGAAGGUCACCCAUGAAAGCUUGUUUUUUAAGUUAAUUAUAUAUGUUAGGAGUAUUUAUUAUCCUUUUGUUGCUUUUGUUUUCUAUUGUAUCUCUUAUAUUAUUUUUGAAGAUAGAAAUCAUAGCUUGGUACGUAAUUAAGUUAAUUAAUUCUUACAUU